AUGGUGUUUCGAUUUGAAGUCAUUAACUAUUAUUGUCCUCGAUUUUUCAAAAUUGUUGACUUUUUUAUCGACAGUUGCUACAAACGACUUACAGAUCAUCAUUCGUCAUCAUUACAGCCCUUUGUACAUUUUAGACGUGGCAGUCUGUUGUAUUUACUUCAGUGGUACAUUCAGUGCUCUAACUCAGAGACAAUUGGCGAUUUUGAAACAAUGAAUAAUUCGACCCUAUUGAGGCAUAGGACUGGACUCAUUAGUAUGGGAGUAUUACUUGCAUUGUCUUUGCUGUAUACAUGA